CCGCAGUGAACAAUAUAAUAACGACAGUCUCUCACCUGAAUACGCUCUAAUUGUGACCUUUGACACUGCGCAAGCCGUUCUCACCAAUAUCCUACCGGAUUCAAAGAUCUCUCGCCGAGUUCACCUUAGUCCAGCCCCGAUUCGCCCGUCCUACACCCCGCCGCAGCCUUCUCAUCUAACGCGCAAAGAUGCCUCAAGCACAACCCGAGCUCAAGAAGUAUAUGGAAAAGCGCCUGUUUGUGCAGCUCAACGGCAAUCGAAAGGUUCACGGAGUCUUGCGAGGUUACGAUGUUUUCCUCAAUAUUGUCCUCGAUGAUGCCCUCGAAGAGAAACCCGGCGGUGAACGCGAGCGGUUAGGCAUGGUUGUCAUUAGAGGCAAUUCCGUUGUCAUGCUGGAAGCCUUGGAACGUAUGGGAGACGACAGAAGGGGAUAGAUCCCUUCAGAUACACGAUUGACGAAGCCUAAUCUUGCGCGGGGAUUAAAUGAGGAGGUUUGACGGUCGUGUGCUCAAACACCAGCUACUGGGCUCCUCAUUUUUAAAGAGCUCCAACGUCCUGAGUUGGGAUCUCAUGCUACACAUGUGGUCGACGUAUCCUGCUCAGCGCGGGACAUGGGGAAGAUUUCGAUGGUACCUGCGCACGAGUACAGGAUAACGGACUGUUGUACACGAUUGAAAAGGCUAUCUAUGGCGUUCGAAGGCCGAAUACGCGGCCGACAACGGGCGCUGUCUUUGAAUGGCAACAACUCGAUCAAAAGCGCUACACAAGGACCGCUGUCAACAGGGACACUAGAGCCUUCAAUCCCAUGACUUGCUCUAUUUAUUCUGGGAGCUCGAGUUUGAACUUGAGCUCGGCUUGAAUUUCAGCACGACUCGACCGGGUGUGGCAGUCGUGGGCGUUGGCGUCCUCGCCGCAGACUGUGGGACAACAGCAGGAGGUAUCAAUCUUGGAGGCGGUGGCGGGGUUGGGGUCGCUUUGGUGCCUGCACCUGAAGAUUGACCCGAUGUACCAAAUUUCAGCUUGAGCUUCAAGCCGCCGCUUCCAUUCGGUCCUGCUGACGUCGGCGAUGGCCCUGGUAUGCUUGGUGUUCGUUGCAAGGGCGGCGGAAGAACAUUGUACUGCGACUUUUCCAGUGGCGGAGGCAGAGUUUGGUACUGUUUAGGAAAGUUCGAGGCGGUAGACUGCCAUUUUGGCACAAUCUUCUGUCUCACUUUGUUGCUCUGCUUGAACUUAAGUUUGCCCUGCGAUAGAAAACCAGAAUUAGCAUUUGCGCGCCUGACAUGGCUUCGAAUCUCCGUUGUGAUGAUAUGAAAACUUACCUUUCCUAGAUUCUGUACCUCCCAGUACCGUGGCAGCCGUAGCACUACCUUCAUC